AUGUGGGCUACAGCAUCGCGGGUAGUCUCGUCGACAACCUUCCUCGGCGCCAUCAUCUUCACCAUACCCCUCGCCUUCGACAUUGGCGGCCGCACCUGUGGCCUCGCCUUCUCCCUCUCCCUCAGCGCCUACUACUUCGUCUACUCGAUACUGCGCCUGGCCACGCCAGACUCUUCGCGCUUCAGAUGGUUUCUGUGUAAUGUAAUAGCUUGGGCGCAGUGGCUGGCCAUACCCACCCUCUUGAUCUGGAGCCUCAACAAGUUCUCCAUCGAUGCCGACGCCAAUUCGGGCUGGGUCGAACGCACCUUUGGCGGCAAGCGAGCCGACUUCGAGAGCGUUCAGGAAUGGAUCUUUGGGAGUGAGGGACUGCUGCAAAGUGCAUCGAUAGGGGCCUGGGACAAGACUCUGCGAUACAGCACACCCGUCUUCCAGAUCGCCGAGGGCUUCUGCAGUCUUCUGGUCAUUCAAGCCGCAGGCCAGAUUACCAAAUGGGUUGUAAACAAGGAACGUGGUGACAGCUGGAUGAUCGGCCUUCUUAUCACCUCCGCGUCCAUCAUCUCGACCUCCGUCUACUUCCUCUGGCGCAUCACCACCUUUCCCGAGAUCAGCAACGUCGACGCCAUCCUGAUUGGUGUCGCUAUCACAACCGCAAUUUUCCUCGGCGGAUGGGGUAUCGUCAGUGCUAGGGGCAACCCGGUCGAAUCUUCGCUUUUGUUCGCCUAUGUUACUCUCUGCAUCUACCAGAUCUUCACCGACUACCAGCCAUCGCCAGGCUCGCUCGCCGAGUCGAGCGCUCCUUCAGAUCCAGCUCUUCCACCGCUACCACCGAUUAUCAUGGCUUCGUACACUACACUUCUCCAUGCGCUAGGCUCUCUGCCUACCAUUGCCCACACCGGUUUCAACCUCAUGGUCGGUGCCGUUAUGACCAUCACGCCUUCCGUAAUCAUCUCUCUCGCCUACCGCGUCUUCGUCAUGUACGCCGCGGCGCGUAUCAUUCCUGCCAUCAGAGAAAGCGGCGCUCGUGCACUAUCGCAAGAACCCAGUCUAGACGAUGACGACGAGACCUCCAAGAUCCUAGGCUUCCUAACCUGGUUCAGCCCCAGCAUCAUCAUUGCAGUCUACACCAGUCUGCUGAUGCAGCACUUUGCCAGCGGAAACGGCGGCGAUGGAAGUGCCGUCACAGGCGAGUGGUGGACGAACCAAGGUGGUGAUGCCGGCGGCAACUUCUGGAGAUGGAUUAAUCUGGGUAUCACAAUGGGUCUCUACGCCAUCGAAUUGAAGAUCUCGAACGCAGAUGACGACGGCCGGUUAACAAGCCACUGGAAGACGGACUAG